AUGCAGAUGCUAACAAAGUUUGAAUCAAAAAGUAAUCGUGUAAAAGGCAUAGCAUUUCAUCCUAAAAGACCUUGGAUUCUUGCUUCACUACAUAAUGGUUGCAUUCAAUUAUGGGAUUAUCGAAUGGGUACUCUACUAGAACGUUUUGAUGAACAUGAUGGACCUGUUCGAGGAAUCGCAUUUCAUCCAACACAACCUUUAUUUGUUUCAGGAGGCGAUGAUUAUAAAAUUAAAGUAUGGAAUUAUAAAUCUCGUAAAUGUUUAUUCACAUUGAAUGGUCAUUUGGAUUAUGUACGUACUGUAUUCUUUCACCAUGAAUAUCCCUGGAUUCUUAAAGAUUUGAUUGUUUCUGCUUCAUUGGAUCAAACAGUAAGAGUUUGGGAUAUUUCAGGUCUAAGGAAAAAAAAUGCUGCUCCAAGUCCAAUGACUUUUGAAGAUAGUUUUCAAAGAUCAACAGCAGCUCAAGCAGACAUGUUCGGUAGUACUGAUGCAAUAGUAAAAUAUGUUUUAGAAGGACAUGAUCGUGGUGUCAAUUGGGCUACAUUUCACCCUACUCUCCCAUUAAUUGUAUCUGCUGGCGAUGAUCUUGAUACAUGUCGUGGUCAUUAUAAUAAUGUAUCAGCAGCAUUAUUUCAUCCAAGGCAAGAAUUGAUUAUAUCAGACGCAGAGGAUAAAACUAUACGUAUUUGGGAUAUGUCAAAAAGGACCCUUGUUCAAACUUUUCGUCGUGAGCAUGAUAGGUUCUGGGUAUUAACGGCACAUCCAGAGUUAAAUCUUUUUGCAGCUGGUCAUGAUAAUGGACUUAUAGUCUUCAAACUUGAAAGAGAGCGUCCUGCAUAUGCAGUUCAUCAAAAUAACCUUUUCUAUAUUAAAGAAAAAUAUCUACGAACAUUUGAUUUUUCAAAUGGAUCAGAUACUUCAGUAGUUUCAUUGCGUAAGAUUGGUGGACAAUAUAUUCAACCUAGAUCAUUAUCAUACAAUCCUGCUGAAAGAGCUGUUAUUGUGACAACGCCUGUUGACGGUGGAACUUUCGAUUUGUUUCAUCUGCCUAAAAAUUCAAAUGGCGAACCACGUGAACUUACUGGAGAUGGAAAACGUGGUCCAGGAACAUCUGCAGUUUUUAUAGCGAGAAAUAGAUUUGCUGUUUUAGACAAAACACAUCAGCAAAUUGAAAUUCGAGAUUUGUCAAAUUCUACUACCAAAUCUAUUAAACCACCAACUACUGUGAAUGAUAUAUUCAGUGCUGGAAGUGGCAACCUUUUACUUAUGAGCACACCUACUUCAGUUAUUCUUUAUGAUAUUCAACAACGUCAAUCUGUAGCAGAAAUCACUACGCCACCUGUAAAAUAUGUUGUAUGGUCGUCUGAUUAUAAUCAAGUUGUCUUGCUUAGCAAACAUACAAUUGUUAUUGCAAAUAAAACUCUUGAACAAAGUCGUUUAAUUCAUGAAACUAUAAGGAUAAAAAGUGGUGCAUGGGAUGACUCUGGUAUUUUUAUAUAUUCCACUUUAAAUCAUAUUAAAUAUGCGCUUCCACAAGGUGAUAGUGGUACGAUCCGUACACUCGAUCAGCCAAUUUAUUUGACAAAAAUAAAAGGAAAAAAUGUACAUUGUCUUGAUAGAGAUGGUAAAACUCGUGUCAUCACAAUUGAUCCAACUGAAUAUCGUUUUAAACUUUCACUUAUAAAAAGAAAUUAUGAUGAAGUUUUACAAAUUAUUCGUAAUUCAAAUCUUGUUGGACAAGCUAUUAUUGCCUAUUUACAAAAGAAAGGUUAUCCUGAGAUUGCUUUACAUUUUGUAAGAGAUGAUAAAACACGUUUUGACCUUGCUAUAGAAUGCGGAAACAUCGAAGUAGCCUUAGAAACAGCAAAAACUAUGGAUCGUGAAGAUUGUUGGAAUAAAUUAGGAGAAGAAGCAUUACGUCAAGGGAACCAUCAGGUGGUGGAAAUGGCAUAUCAAAGAGUAAAAAAUUUUGAACGACUUUCAUUUCUUUACUUAAUAACAGGAAAUAUCGAUAAAUUGAAGAACAUGCAAAAAAUUGCCGAAAUUCGUAACGAUAAUAUGUCAAGAUUUCAUAAUUCACUUUAUUUGGGUGAUGUUGAAGAACGUGUCAAACUAUUAAAAGAAGUUGUACCACUGGCAUACUUGACUGCUCAAAGUCAUGGUCUUACAGAGGAAGCUGAAUCAAUUCUGACUGCUGCUGGUUUAACUUCUGAAGAUGUCGUUGACUUACCCUCAAAUGGUCAAUUGUUAAAACCUUCUACACCAAUAAUUAGACAACAUGAUUCAAACUGGCCAUUAUUGACAGUUUCACGCUCAUUCUUUGAUACUGCAUUCACUGCAUCAACUAAUAACAAUUCGCUUGUUCCACCACUUACAUUCACGGAUGCAACAGAAGGUAUUGAGGAAAUCGGCGGUGAUUGGGGUGGCGAUGAUGAAUUUGGAUUCAUUGCAGAUGGAGAUAAAUCGGUGGAUAAUCAAGGUGAUGGUGAACAGUUAGAAGAAGGUUCUGGAUGGGAUAUUGAUAAUGAUCUUAGUGUUCAACUUGACGCUGAAAAUAGCAAAGAACUUAUUAACGGUGCACAAAGUGAAUUCGUGCCCCCAACUUCGGGUACUAAAGAAUCUGAAUUGUGGGUUCAUAAUUCACCUUUAGCCCCUUUAAAACCUCAUUUUUUGAAAACAUUCCAAGCAGCAAGAACAUACUUGCCUUGUAACGUGUCAUUACCACCUCUAGUUUACCAUGUUCGACGUAAUCCAGAAGAGUUGGAAUCUCGUAGAUUUUUACCAAUCCUUUCAAAUACACUACAAACAAUACUUGCAAACCAAUUACAAGAAACUUAUAAAUUAACAACUACUGGCAAAUUUCAUGAUGCUACAUUGCAAUUUAAAAAUAUUUUACAUUCAAUUCUAUUUAUUGCGGUUUCUAAAAGAAGUGAAGUAGAUGAGGUAAAUCAACUUGUUGAAAUUUGUCGUGAAUAUAUAAUUGGAUUAUCAUUGGAGCAAGCAAGACCGAAACGUCCAGAUAACCCUGAAGAUACCAAAAGAGGACUUGAAUUAGCAGCAUACUUUACACAUUGCAGAUUACUACCAACACAUUUACAAUUAAGUCUUCGAUCAGCAAUGACAACAAGUUUUAGGUCAAAAAAUACUAUAACAGCUUCGAUUUUUGCUAGAAGGUUAUUAGAAUUGGCACCACCUCCAGCUGUUGCAACUCAGGCUCGACAAAUUUUAACAGCAUCUGAGAAAUCUCCACGUGAUGAAAUCACUAUAGACUACGAUCAAUAUAACCCUUUCGUUGUAUGUGGUAUUUCAUAUACACCAAUUUAUAAAGGAAGUCAAUCAGUAGAAUGUCCUUAUUGCCAUACAUCAUAUUUAACAGAGCAUAAAGGAAAAAUUUGUACAGUUUGUGAAAUAGCACAAAUUGAUGCAAGUGCAACGGGACUUAAAGUUUUCGUGUAG